AUGGCAGCACCAAAGGUCGACCCGGUGGAGAAUCGUCGCCGUAUGGAAGCUGGAGAGCUCUACUACUGCUUCACUCCCGAAUUGACGGCAGACAGGAAGCGGGCCAGCCUGGCUUACCGCCGAUUCAACAAAGCAGAGGAUGUCUCCCGGCGAGAGGGGCUUGAGCUUCUCAAAGACCUUAUCGUCGACAAAACCCCCUUGCCGCCCAGGCAUCCCAAUAUGACCGAUGAAGAAGAUGAAGCCCAGCUCGAUGAUUAUCCUAUGGUAUUUCCUCCAAUAAAAGUGGAUUAUGGGUACAACGUCAAGCUGGAAAAGAACGUCAUGAUCAACUGCAACAGCACCUUCAUCGAUACUUGCGAGAUUUCCUUUGGGGCACGCACCAUGACCGGUCCUAACUGCAGCUUCUUCAGUGGAACUCACCCUCUAGAUCCGGUCCUGCGGAACGGCACCCGAGGACCGGAGAGCGGCAAACCCAUCAGAAUCGGCGAGGACUGCUGGUUCGGAGGGAAUUGCAUCGUUCUCCCCGGGGUGACUAUCGGCAAUGGAGUGACGGUUGGUGCCGGUAGUGUUGUGACCAAAGAUGUCCCGGCGUACCACUGUGUUGCAGGUAACCCGGCAAGGAUCAUCAGGAAGAUCGAGGUCUCUGGUCUAGAGCCUAGCAAGACCGAGGGCACCGAAGUCCUAGUCGGAGAGGAAGCCUCAGUGGUUUAG